CGUAAAAGUCGUGCGUAAUUGGGGAUAUGGUCUGUGCCCAAGGAGAAAGUUUGUGGAGAGCAGUGAGUGGCGCAGCGGGCUGAUUAAGAGCGACUUCCUUCCUCCGCCGGCACAGUAGCAUGGAGUUAGGGGCUUAUAAAUACGAGCUUAACAGUUUCUCAAACAAACAAGCCUAUAGACUGCUGGAACUCGCAAGAACUUGAACGGACACAACCGAGGUGCAAACAUGAAUGAUGUAACGGGACUGCUUGUUGUCAUACUGGUUUCCAUGAUGGGAAGAACCGGCGGGGCCGGGGCGAAUAACGGAUACUGCAUCGGGAACCAGUGUUUCGGGAUGAUCCAAGACCCCAGCGAUUUCACAACAGCCCAGGAUCAAUGUAAAGAUAAAGGAGGCCACUUAAUGACAGUUCGCUCAUCUGUAUCACAUGAUAUUCUGAGUAUCUUGCUGGGGAACUUCACGGGGCGGUUCUGGAUCGGUUUGCAUCUGAAGACCGCCUGUCCAGACGCUGCUGCUGGGCUGAAAGGAUUCCAGUGGGUGACCGAAGACAGCGAGAGUGACUUCUUCAACUGGGCGCCAAGCUUUGACAGCAGCUGCUCCUCUCCUCGCUGCGUCUCAGUUUCCAAAGAGAGCGACUUCAAAUGGACCCAGGAACCAUGUGGUGAACAGGCGGCCGGGUUUCUCUGCGAGUACGGCUUAAUUCAGCCGUGCAAAAAUCUAGAGGUUGCACAGGACGAGUCUGUCACCUACAUGACCCCUAUGGGGUUUAAGGUCGAGGAUGUGCUGUCUCUGCCAAUGGGCACCAUCGCUACCCGGAUGCCAUCUGAGACUAAAUACCUCUGCUUCUCCGAGAAGUGGCUGAAGGCGCCGUGGAACUGCGAGAUACAAGAAGGCGGGUGCGAGCACAAAUGCGCAAUGGACCCAAACGAGGUCCCGUCCUGUUACUGUCCGCCGGGUCAAAUCGUCAGCCCUGAAAAUAAAGUCACCUGCGAAGAGGCCACAGACGACCCGUGUCUCGCCCUGCGCUGCGAUCACGCCUGUUACAGGAGCGAUGGCUCCUACGCGUGCGUGUGCGACCACGGAUAUAAGCUGGCUCAGGACGGCAGGUCGUGCGUGGACUUCAAUGACUGCACGGACGAGCGGCAGUGUCCCGGGGAGAACUUCAAGUGCAAAAACACCAUCGGCGGCUUUCAGUGCGUCUGCGAGGAUGGAUACGUGAAGUCCGGCAGCCUGUGCGUCGACGACAACGAGUGUCUCUCUGCUCCGUGCGAGCACGAAUGCCACAACACUCCCGGUAGCUACAACUGCUCGUGUUUUGAGGGAUAUAAAGUGGAUCCAAAGUCGCCGAAUAAGUGUAAACGUCACUGCGGGAAGGAGGAGUGCGCUGCGGAGUGCGACCCGAACGAUGCGUCCCAGUGCUACUGUCCUGACGGUUAUGUAGCAGAGGAAAGAGAGGACCACACGGUGUGCAUAGAAAUUGACGAGUGCAUCUCCAAUUAUUGUGAUCAGCAAUGUACAAACACAUUCGGUAGCUAUGUGUGCUCAUGCUCUCCAGGAUAUACGUUAGUUAACCAAUACAAUUGCGUAAAAAACGAGGAUCACACAGAUGGAUCGCAGGACUCCACCACCGCUCCAGACUUCCCCACAACAUCAUACAUACCUGGACCAACACGGCAGCCCUCGGGGGUGUCAGUGGGGGCGUUUGUUGGGAUAAUACUGUGUACAGUCUUUUUGAUUGUGCUGGUGGUUUUUCUGGCUCAUCACAUCCUCAGCCGCAGAGGGAAGAUGGAGAGCAGCGGUGCGCUCAAAGCUCAGGAGGGUGAGGCUCACGGUUUACACCGUGUGGCCACAGACGCUUAAAGAGAAAGAGAGCGGCCUCAGAGGGACAGUUAAAGACUCGAUCAAGACUCGACAACAGAGCUACAGAGACAGUCUCUACAGAGACACGGUAUGAAGGAUGCAGAUUUCACAGCAAAACAAAAGCUAUGGAGGACAGGAGCGUGGUCAUGUCACAGGAGAGGUGGUCACUAUAAACUCAAUACAACAGAAAUAUUAUGCCAACAACUAAGGUUUUCACCGCCUGGGAAAACUGGUUUUAAUCUACAAUUCAACUCACGUACAACAGUUUCAAUGUAAUGAGAAUGACAAAGAACUUUGUUUUUUUAAACGUCUGUGCUGAAACAGUAUUAAAUUAUAAAAAUAUGAAUGAAGGAGAAGUCUGUUCUUUUGAUUCUUGCCUCAGACACAGGCGGACUACUCCACCGUGUGGAGGAAAAGGCGAACUGCAGGUCGUGCACGCACAGACAGAGCUGCAAAAUUUGCUCCACAUCUAAUGUUUUUUAAAAGGGAAGGUGACACAUGGACACAAUCCGUCACAAUAAUGAACCACAUGAAGCUUAUGCAUAUCUCAGACACACAAGCCAAGAUCACAACAUGACGUACAUGCUGGACAGGAACUAAAUAAUCAGCAAUAGUACGUGAAUUAUAAACAAAAUAUGAUCUUAACAUACCUUUGGCUAUAUAUUAAUUCUUGUUUCCCCAUAUUCUAUCAUCUAUUUUCAUGAGACUAUAGAAAUGUCAUAGUAAAACAUGCAUAUUACAUAAUAACCAUAAUGAAAAGCAAUCAUUCUGCAGUAAACUGUCCCCUGUGACUGAACUAUUGUUAUAGAUUACAUUAUUAGAUUGUUAUUAGUGAUGCUUCAAUAUGUAACAGGGGUUUUCCUGUUGCAGCUGGUCAAAUGCAAAAGCUGGUUGAUGGAUGCGCCUCAUCCAAAGGGUCACAAGUUAAAGAGCAGAGCGGCAGAGGACACAUGUACUUAAUAUACACAACCUACAGAAGCAAGGAUACUGGAGUAAAGACCAGUCAUUGUGGAUCCAAAAAUGACAUCUAGAGGCAUUUUUAUGGCUCCGUAACGGAAGGCUGAAAUGAUCCAGGUAAGUCAACUACAGCUCAACCUCAGCUACAAGUUUCUCAGUACUACGGCAAACAGCAGAGUUGUAUUUACCAACUGAUUCCCUGUUAGAAAAGUCUGGAAUAGUCUAAUUUA